ACAGACGAAUCGCCCAUCAUGCUGUCUCUAGGCUAUGCGCGACCUUCUAUCAUGCAGCAGAUUCUACCCGGAAAGCCCAAGUUUACUGAAAAGGACCUCCCCGAUCUCGCUGGCAAGGUCUGCAUCAUCACCGGAUCCAACACAGGUGUAGGCAAGGAAGCGGCGCGCAUCCUGUACGGCGCCAACGCAAAUGUCUACCUGGCCUGCCGAACGGAGAGCAAGGCCCGGGCUGCCAUUGACGAGAUCAAGGCGGCCUUGCCUGACUCCAAGGGCAAAGCCGAGUUCCUGAAGCUGGACCUGGCCGACCUCGCGUCCAUCAAGCCCUCCGCCGAGGCCUUCGUCGCCAAGGAGACCAGGCUGGACGUGCUCAUCAACAAUGCCGGCGUCAUGAUGCCGCCCAAGGGCUCUAAGACGGCCCAGGGCCAUGAGAUGCAGAUGGGCACCAACUGCUUGGGCCACUUCCUCUUCACCCAACUGUUGACCCCGACUCUCAAGGCGACGGCCGCCCAGGAGAAGCCUGGAGCCGUGCGCGUAGUGUGGACUGCCUCCGUCGCCACGGAGCUCUACUCCGUUAAGAACGGCGUCGACAUGCCUGCCCUGAACAAGGGCAAGGAGUCGUACGUCGACGCCUACCAGCCCAUGACGCUCUAUGGCAACAGCAAGGCCGGCAACUACUACCACGGUACUGAGUAUGCCCGCCUUCACAAGGAUGACAACAUUGUCAGCGUGGCCGCCAACCCUGGAAACCUCGACUCCGACCUCUACCGUACCGUCGAUAACCAGACCGGCUACAUGAAGCCCGCUCUCCAGGCCUUUACCAAGUUCAUGCUCUUCCCUUCCGUCUACGGAGCCUACACCGAACUGUUCGCUGGAUUUUCCCCAGAAGUCACUAUGGAGAAGACGGGCGCAUGGAGUAGGUUCCCAUCCUUUACUAAACCCACCCCACCUCCCUCCUCCCCCCCCUUCUUCGAGAAACAUGUCAUGCUCGGCCCAUGGGGACGUUUCUUCAGCAUGAGGCGUGACAUUGCCGAUGGUGCCAAGCCUCUCCCUGACGGCAACAGUGUCGCCCAGCAGUUCUGGAACUGGUCCACAGACCAGGUCAAGGAAUACCUCUAA